ACGUUAUUAAAAGGAAAAACGCUCUUGAAAACCCGGCUAAUCAUCUGUGUGGCCUUUGAGAGAGUAAAGCGUUUCAGAACACUGGAAGCACCAUCACAAAGACCACACAAUAGUGGUGCUUGUAUACAAAGGAACACAAAGGAAAACCAAAUACCAACAGAGCUUUCCGUCCUUGCUGGGCUGUUUAAUGAUGAAGAAAAUGGAAGUUUAAACAGGAUUAGUUCUCGCCACAAGGAAACUGGGUGAGUAGAGUUUAAUUCCCUUUCACCUUAGACACGAAAUUGCUCACACGUCUCCUUGAAUUUCCCAUUGCGUGCAGCCUUCCUGUAUUUUGCGGAAGAAGGAGGAAGGGCAUAUUCACUAGUGCAGGGAAGGAAGAAGUACACAUAUCCACUAGUGCAGAAAAAUGACAGGAGCCGUGAGGACCAUGUGUAGUGGAUGGCCGGUGUUCGUUAAGUCACACCACCCUGACAGCGAGGUGACUUGAGGCGUGCACUUCUUAUGAUCUUCUGGCUGCGUAGUAAGGUUGCUCCGAACUAUUGCGUUGCCACUGGUCUCCGGGAUGGUCACACAAGUACUUACACAUGCAUUAGGCAGUAGUCCUCGAUAGGGUUCGGUUCUCCCUUCAGGCAGGCACACUCCAUUGACUCCCUGACGCCAACAUGCAUCCCUCGCCCUCAUUACAAGAGGACAUGUACCAGUGUGCCUUGCUGGGAGAUUCGCACGCGUCGGAUGCACAAAACAACACGCAAAUCAAAAAGAAAACGUGGAGAUGUGACCUGCAACUAUAAAAGGAAGAUAAAACUGCAACUUGACAUGGAAAAGAGGAGAUCUGGAAAGAGAAUCGAUGGAAAAAAUUAUGGGAAAGUAAGGAAGAGAGGAAGGAUACUACCGCUGUUCCUGGGGCGUCGUAAGGCAGCCCCCACAUCGGCCCCUCGUCCCAGGGAGGAAGCGACUGAAAGUUUCCUGCAGAAAGUGUUCCUGCCGUGGCGGAAGCGUCGGCCUCCUCCCCCGAGACUCACACCCCCUGCCAUCUUCGUCUCCAGCCCCGAGGAGACAGAAGCGGUGCUGGCCAUGGACGCCCGCCGCCAACGCGCCUCCCGCCGCGCCUCAGAGAUGUACAAUGUGGACCCUGAGGAAGACCUGGACUUUCCGCCGGAGGAGUCGUACCCAGGAAUGUACCAGGACAGGUUCUUCAAUGAGCCGUUUGAGGAGGGCUGGACCACCGUGGGGGAGGUCACUCUUGCCAUGGACCAACGCUCGCCAGACCCUCGCACAGACCGCGCCUCAUCCCCCGCCAGGCUGUCCGCCAGCAAGCCGCCCACCAACAGGUGUCAGGCCAGCAGGUCACCCAACAAAAGGCUGCAACUCGACAUAGCGUCGGCCAACACAGCCUCAGCCAAUGCAGGCCCCCCUGAGCCUCAGCCUCCUGGCGGCAAGGAGCCCCGCCAGGACACACAGCCAGCCAAGAAGACUGAAGGCUCCUGGCGGUCUCCUUUCUCCUCCCCCAAGAAGUCUCAGGACAGCCGCCUGGCCCGCGCUGCGGUGGAAUCUUCUAAAAAGUCACCGAAGAACUCCCCGAAAAACUCUCCGAAGAACUCCCCGAAGAAUGGGAAGGGCGUGGCGGCGUUCAGUUCCCCCCAGGGUGGCCGGCGGAUCCUCCCAGAGAUCCUGGAGUCAUCGGUGCAGCAGUACCGCCCUGUCUACAACACGCCGCCCCUCGACAACACCAACCUGGUGCCCAAGCCUUACUGCUCCAGGUACUCCGCCAACCUCACCUCAGCGCCCUACAGGGGCCCCGUGGCUUCUCCCCGUACCAUCCUACCUAAACCAGGGGGCGCGCCGCGCACUGAGAGUACCGGCGGCGGGGCGAUGGCAGUGACCCACAGGCAGCCCAAAGACACCAAGGGGAAAAUCAAGAGAUCGGUGCCAAGUCCAGAGUUGCGUCUGGAGGGCUGCGGCAAGACCUCCCGGACAUCCUCCCCUCGCUCCCUCAGCCCCACCAGCGCCACCAGCGCCACCAGUUCCACCAGCCCCACCAGCCCCACCAGCUCCACCAGCCCCACCAGCCCCACCAGCCCGCUGGGCAAGGACUCUAUAUAUUCAAGAGCCUUAACUCGAUCUGCAGUAAGCACAGGAAAGACAAGCAAGACUCAGACUAAUAACAAGACUCCUUCACCUGUCGCCAGUCCGUCUGUCAGCCCCGCCCUCAGCCCUGUGAUGAGCCCCGCCCUCAGUCCCACAACCAGCCCUAGCCUCAGCCCCACACCAAGCCCAAAACUCAGCCCUGUUACCACGCCGCCGCCCGGUAAGCGUGGCCAGAGCCCCCCUUUCCUCCCUCCCCACAGUCCCACCUCCAGUCCCGAAAACAAGGAAAGUCUGUCUGAUUCGACGGACCUGGACCCUGAGGAGUUCCUGGCGCUCAGCACCCUGGACUCAGCACUGCUGGACACGCCCUCGCUGUACAGCUGCUCCAACAAACCAUUCAACUCCUACGAGGAGCUGCAGACCAUGACUGAAAAGGAACAAAAAUCCUGCUCUUCCCUCCCCGCCCCUGCCUCCUCUACCGCAGCUGCGGCGCUCCACCCUUCAAGUCAGACUAAGACUUCAGAAUAUUCUGGGGUCGUGGACUCAGGCGGCAGCCGCCACACCAGCGAGGCUCUGGACACCACCCUCAGCAGGGACUCGCUCAACACCACUAUCAGCGACGAGAUGAAGAGCCUGCGCAGCUUUGUGGCUCAGGAGGAGCUCGCCACACCCCCCGCAUCGCAGGGCGCGAAGGCCCAGCGCGAAGAGAGUCUCGAGUUUGUGUUUGAGGACGUGAAUGACUCCCCGUGCCGCCUGCCGCGGGAACCUGCCCCAGCCACUGCUAAAUCCCCAGCAGGAGGCUCACUUGCCACGGGGGAAAAGAAACCCAGCAGAUUGUCACCAAAACUUGGCAAAUUCACGCAGAAGGUGUCAGAUAAAAACAAAGAGAAUGAAGAGAAAACCAAGAGCAGUCCCUUCCUGCCCCGCAACAUCCUUCACUUCGGUAGCAAGGACAAGAAGGCCAAAGCCAAGGCCCACGAGACAGACUCCCCGAAGACUGAGGGCUGGACGUCAGAAGCCAUCGAGGAAUACCUCUUGGAGACCAGCCGGGAAGAGAGCGUCAAGCUGGGCCUCCUGACCGAGGAAGAUAUCGCGUACCACCAGACCAAGGGAAGACACCAGAAUGUGCCCGCCCUUCGCCCGCUGCCCGAAGUGACGGUCAGUGAUGAGCUCCAGCCCGUGGCUCCCUCUAGGCGAAGGGCGGCUCCCUCCCCGCCGCAGAGCAGGUCUCCGUCCUGGAACCCACAGGACAUUGAAAAUUAUUUGUUGCAGCAUAACCAGGACGAGAACUUGCGCCUGGGACUGCUGUCCAAGGAGGACAUUGACAUCUACGAGUGGAAGCGUGCCACGGGCAUGUCCCCGAUCUGCGACACCUCGUGGACGCGCGAGACGUUACGCAAGAACAAAGUGGUGCACUCCAGCGAGUCCUCUCUGUCCGGCUCAGUCUCCCAGCCAGCAUCCCCGGACCCUUGCAAUGCUGCCCCGAGGCUCACUACACCCUCCAUGUCCCCCAGAACCAAAAGCCACGCUCCCAGGGAGCCUCACCGACGUGGCGGAGAAAAGCCUGUCGACGUCCCCAGCCAGCCAAUCUCUGUUCCUCGACGACGAGUGCGAGCGCCCGCGCCCCCAAUCGGAACACCCCCUUCUGCCAAACCUCCUGUCCCAGCCUCCGCCGCCUCCUCGGACACCAGCAAGCAGAGCGCUCACUUCGCCUUCCGAGGCUUCAAAUUGAGUCAAGGAAUAAACUCGAGCGGCUCCGGACGGAAGGCAUGCGCCCCACAGCCUCCAGCAGUGGCCAGCCUCCAGCCUGAGGCCGUAAAGCCAGCUGCUCCCACGCAGGACUCACUGCCGGAGUCCAUACAAGACGCCACCACCGCCAGGGACGCCAGGCAGGGAGGCUUGCGGUCAAGAUUCACCAAGCCAAAACUCACCACCCCAGGGUUCACCAGGGCUGUGGCACCAAGCCCUGCGCCAGUCAACUCUGAGCCCAGAGUUGCGACCACAGCUCCUGGCGUCACGAAACCUGAGGCCAGAAAUUCAGAGGUCAUUGCGCCGGCCGCCGCUCCCGAGGCCGCCAGGGUGUCGUCCCAGGCCGUCGCCAAGCCACACGCCAGGCCCAAGAGACUCCCGCUGGAGAAGAUCGGCGUGAAGCUGCCCGGCAUGACAGCCCCCAAGGCUCCCCCCACGCCUCCGGAGGUGGACUUGGAAACAGUGUCAGUAGUGAGCUGCUCCCCCACGGACACCCCCAUCCCGGCCCGCAAGGGGGGUGCUGAUGAGCGUGCCACCCGCAGAAAGACCCCGUACAGCAGACUGGCGAGGUUCCUACGAAAGGAACCCAACUCGUCCCCCGGCACGCCCCCAACAGAGACCCCAGCCCACGCUCUCUUCCUGCGCGAGUCCCCCCGUGGUUUGCCACCAGACCACCAGACCUGCCAACACCUGUAA